AUGUCUGGUUUACGUCACCACCUGCAAUCCCUCUUCUUCUCAACUGCCCAUCUGCUGACGUGGUUCCGUCUUUUCACGUGUGACGUGUCGAUCCACAGCCGAUUCCCGACAGUGGACCGCCAGUGGCGCCUGCUCUGUGCCACGUCACCUGCUUCUGCAGAACAUGCUACAGUAAGUGGUACGGUGGCUCCUGAGGGCUCAUCUUCCGUUUCACGAGGGCAGGGCAAGCCUGGGAAGGCGCCUCCCCCGGUGACGUACCGGCCGAUUCCUCUGGAUGACGAGAUCAGCAUCGCGUUUGCACAACACAUGCAGCGCCUCCGUCCCGCUGCCCCCCGUCCCAUCUCUAUUCCCAUAUCCCUCUUCGUCAUUUCCUCCGUCUCUGCUCUCUUCCCUCCCUAUUUCCUUAUUCUCCCAUUUUCGCUCCCUCUCCUCCCCAUCAGCCUCGUAUCCUCUCCAGCCAUUCGCAGCGUGACAUCUGUCAUCGGCACAGAUGAGUGGCUGGACGACCCCAUCACACGCCACGUCAUCGGGCUGCGCCUCGUCAGCACCACUCCUACGCUCCCCGCCUCCCACUUGCGCACUCACACCAGCACCACCCAGGCUAAAGAAUCGUUGAAGCCUCGGGGAAAAGGGGGCGUAGAGGGAGGGAAGGGUGGAAGAGGGGAAGAGGGAAAAGGGGGAGCAGCAGCAGCAGGAGCACGUGCAGUAGAAGCGGAUGAAGGGUCGCGAGGAGAUGCUUUGGCUUGGAAGGCAGGGGGGAAUGGCGGCAGCCCAACCGAGACAGGAACAUGUGCAGCAGCAGCAACUUCAGAAGCAGAUCCAACAGAAUCUCGACUCGCUAAAGACACACCUGAAGAAACACCUGGAAAAACAUCUGAACAAACUCCAGAGACAGUAACAGACCAGCCAGCACCCCCCGCAUCCCCCUCCACCCCCUCUUCCCCUCCCCCUCCCCCCCCACCUCCCUCCGCACCCACACUCCUCUGGCCAAUCAUAGUGCACCCCCAUUCCAAGGCCUCCAAUGUGCACGUUCUCGUGCUCCCAUUGGUGGCGCCCUGCCAUGUGGCAGCCUAUGAGAGGCUGUGCUGGCAGCGCAACUGCGGGGGAGGGGCGGGGUUGGCGCAUGGGGGAGGGGGAGGGGGAGGGGGAGAAAGAGGGGGGACAGCAGAGGGAGGGAUGGUUGGUUCUGGGGGCGGUGGUACUGGUGCAAGUGGUGCCAGUGCAUUCACGCUGUCUGCUCUGCUUGCUGACCUACCUGCUGUGACAGCACCAUCGAGUCCCUCCUCUCUGCUGAUUCUACCGCCACCCCUACCGUGCCUUCCUCCUCUGCUCUCAACGCGUCUUCUCACCCUUGCUGCCUCCCCCUUCACUCCCGCUCUCCCUUCCCUCAGGGCCAUCUUGCUUGCUCAGUGCAUCGAGUCCCUCAUCUCAACAGACUCAUCUGCCACUCCCACCGUGCCCCCUCGCACCUCCCCCCUCCUCUCCGCCCCCUCCGCCCCCUCCCCCACCCUCCCCUCUAUCUCCCUCUCUGGAGGGGGAGGAGGCGGAGGAGGAGGGAUGGGAGGGGUGGGUGUUGGUGUGAAGGCUGGUGCUUUAGGCACCAGCACCAUUGGCAGCAGUACUAGCACUGCCGCUGCUGCUGCUGCCGCUGCUGCCGCUGCUUCUGGAGGGGAAAUGGGGAGUGGAGGAGCGGGAGGAGGAAAGGGAGGGGCAGCAGCAGGAGGGAGCGGCUUAGGGUUUGGGUUGCUGGGGGCGAUAGGGGCCAGUAUGGGAAUGUCCCGAGCCAAGACCGCCCAAACCAGCCAGCUUGGUUCGGCGCCAGGCAUGGCCGGAGGUUCGGGAGGAGGGGAUGUGGGGAGGCAGGGUGGUGGGGGAGGAGGUGGGGUGAUGGUGCAGCAGCUGAAAGCGGCUGAGUUGGAGGGAAUCAGGCUUCUCAUCUCAACGUACCUCCCCUUUGGUCGACCCAUUGACUUCCCCACCCCUGCCACCAUCACCACCCUCCGCACCCAACCUGCGGCCUACUCCCAGGACCUCUCACCCUACCUGCAACCGCCUUCCCCCCCCUCCGCCUCUCUCCUUUCGAGCAAAACCACCAACCAACCACACCCGAAGCAGCAGCAGCAGCAGCAGCAGGCAGGAAGAGCAGAUGGAGCAGAGGCGGCACUUAAAGGCCUCGGCGGAACUUUAGGCGUGUCAGUAGACUCUCUAAGAGACACUUUUAGGCAGCCGGUGGGGAAACCAGUGCUUUACACCGGAAAACAGAGGGUAUCCGUAGCAGUUGUAGAAGAAGUGAGUGUAGCUCUGUAUGACAGGGAGGGGGAGGUGGCAGAUGUGGUGAGUGUAACCGGUAGGGUUACCACACGAUGGGAGGUGGAGGGUCUGCCAGAUGUCACGCUCUCAUUGGACGUGCCAGAAGACGCGUGUGUGGAGUCCCUUGUUGUGCAUCCAUGCGCUCAGGUGAUGCCUUUUGCUGGUUCUCACGUCAGGUGA